UAUUGCCGUGGGAAUCUCCACCCAACCCACUAUAAAAGCAGAACAGCAGGCGCUCUCCUUUAUUUCUUUUUACUCUUUAAAAGUAAUAAUUCGUUUUUUGUUCAUUUCUUUUAGGCGCUAUUUCUUCUCAGAAUGAUUCAUCAUAUUAAGACCAAGGCUGACUUUGACAACCAACUGAGUGCAGCUGGUGGGAAGCUUGUGGUUGCCGACUUUACAGCAACAUGGUGUGGUCCAUGCAAAAUGAUUGCACCUAUUUUUGAAGAAAUGGCUGGAAAGUACGAAGAUGUUUUAUUUCUUAAAGUCGACAUUGAUGAAGCUGAGGAGGUGGCAAACUGUCAUAAUGUACGUUCAGUUCCAACAUUCAUCUUCUUUAAGAAUGGACAAAAGGUCGAUGACUUCUCUGGGGCCAACAAAGAGAAACUGCAGGAAUUUAUUGAAAGACUAAAGUAGUUGCAAGUGGUUAUACUAAAAAAUUAAUAAAAUUAUUGAACUGAA